UGUGUUGCGUCUAUUAUCGCUAAUGCUAUGUGCUCUGCUUGCAGUCACUCAAGAGGCGCCACCAACAGGACCCAAAAAUCCGUAUUGCAACCACCAGCUCUGUCCAAAGGGCAAGCGACAUGUGGCAUGUGAAAAACCACCAAUCGAUAUACAAAGAACCUGCAACAUACAGCAAUCGCUGCUCGUGAAUAUGACUGCCUACGCUGAGAAUAUUCUCAAGGCACACAACGAGAAUCGUCAACGCUUGGCUAAUGGUAAGAAUAUGACGCUGCCAAGAGCUGCCCGCUUGGUUGUGAUGCAGUGGAGCGAGGAACUUGCCACGCUGGCCAGUUACAAUGUGCGCAUGUGUCAUCCCAAGCACGAUGAUUGCCACAACACGGCCAACUUUAAAAACUCUGGUCAAAAUAUUAUUAUGUUCAAUAUGACGCGUCUGGUGGAGCCUCUGCUGUUGGAGAAGAUGUAUCCGCAGCUAAUCACCAUUGGCACACACACUUGGUGGUCCGAGCAUACCAAUACCAGCAGCAUGAUGACCGCAGCGGAUGUUGAGCACACCCCAUGCUCAAAGAAGCCCAACCACCCUCAACCCUUUCGCCAUUUUGCUGUAAUGGCUGUGGAGAAUAACACACAUGUCGGCUGUGCCGGACUCCGUUAUGUGGCCAAAGACAUCACCUAUUUCAAACUGACCUGCAACUAUGCAAAGAACUUUGAGUGCGGUCGGCCUAUCUAUCAUUUCCGUGCGGUGGGCUGCCUUACUGGGUUCAACACGCAGCAUAGAGCGCUCUGCUCGAAAAAGGAAAUAUUCGCCUAAAUACGUAGCAAUCCGAAUAGUCACAUACCCAAACAUUUGGAUAUCCCCAACAAGCCACAAAUAAAACACAAUGUCCAUCCGAUUGGUGUCUAAAAUUGUAAAAUUAACGCUAUGCAUAUUUAUCUCAUUUCAAUGGCACUUUCUAUAGCGCGUGCCAUUCCUUUCAGUCACAACCAAUAGAUUCCGCUCCACAAAAGCCAUUGCGGCGCUCUCUAUUUCUGCAAAAUGAAAUCAUUACGCAUGCAAAAUUCAAAUAGCGCAGCAUCAAAAUGGAAUUUCUGCCAAUUUCCUGUGCAGUGCGAUAAACCAGAAUGGUGACUAUUGGGGUUAUACCUUGGGAUAUGGGUGCUGGUCUUUGGUAUGCAGGUCAGGAUGCGGGUCAUUUGAUCUUUGUAUGGCAAAGCAAUUACCUGGACACAAGCGUUCAGCCAGUGAAUCCGAUGCGCAGAGGAAGAGAAAAUUCCGAUCGCAUAAUUGAAUGAAAUCCCUAUUUUUUAACGGAAUAAGCAUAAUUCUUAUUAUUGA